CAACCCACAAUAUCAUAUCAGUAUCGUGUCAUUUGUCGAUCCAGAUCGUUUUAUUUUCUAGUCUCUUGAAAUAUUAUAGUGAAAGUAAUUUAGUUUUAGUGUGUUAUUUGUGUAUUAUAUUGUUUUAGAGUUAUCUCACGUAUGUUGUGUGGAUGGACAACGCUGAAUCUAUCCACAAAAUACGAUUAUUUAUUGUUGUCAUAGUUAAUGUUUUCUUUCAAUUAGGUAUUUAGGACGAAUGUACCUAUGUAUCGAAUAUAAUAUCAUUGGGCCGUUAUUGCAGACAUUUCAAUAAUGGAUUUUCACACCUUACUGUAUAAGGCGCAGAAAAACAACAACAGAGAAAAAGACGUGAGUACAAUAUUUUAUUUAGUGUCCGUUAGGUUCGCGUUGAUAUGAAAUAUUUUCGUAGGCUCCUACGUUUUACAACCUGAUUACAAUUGCCUUAAAAUUGAUACACACAUAUAUAUAUAUAUAUAUAUAUAUAAUUAUCAAUUGGACUUGAUAACUCAAUAUACAUAUGAUUUCAUAUUCUCCUGCCCGAACAGAUGUUGUCGACAAAAUUGAAAAUAAUUUAGGUAUUACAUUUUUUUCUUUUCGUUCAUCAGGUUAGAUAUUUCAAAGCAUCAUUGGACCCGCCGAAAAAAGAAACAAAAGAAAGUAAACAGUUGUCCGAGGGUAUUAAAAAGUUCUUAGCAAAGAGAGAUGAAGAAGAUCGUCAAAAACAGUUGGAAGAACAAAAGAAAAAAGAUGAACUGUUAUCGUUGCGCAGUCAAGAUAGAAAAUCGUUUAAACGAGUACAGUCCAUGUUGAACAGGACUAAAUCAGCGAAUAAAUCUGUUAUUGAAGAUGCUAAAGAUGAUAUUAAUACAUCUGUUACCAUGGCAGGUGUGUUGCAAUAUUUUAUUAUUAUGAAAAUGUAGCCAAUAUUAUAUGAGUAAUAUUUUUUUGAAUGUAUGUUACCUGAAUACAUUUCAACUAAUAUAUUUUUUAUAUUAUUUAUUUUAAAACCUGUCUAAGAAAAAUAUAAUAUUUAUUCAUGAUUUUUGUAAUAAAUAUAGGUAGGUAUCAAGAUCAUAGCUAGUUUGAACAAAAAAAAAACGCUAAAUAUUAUACUUUAUUUUCUUCAUUUGCCAUAAAAAUGGCAAUAACUUUCUUAGAAAACAAGAUUAUCUGACAUAUAGUAUGAUUGAAAUGCGAUCAUUUUCUUUAUAGUCUGGAAAUACAUAUUUAAUAAUUCAUCCAUAAUUUUUUAUGAUUUUCAAUGCAAUAAACAAUACUAUAAAUAGUAAUUAUUACAAUUUUUUAUAGCUAAUUGUAAUGCAGGGCUGAGAACUUAAUGUGUUUUUAUAUUUUUUGUUGCUACAUUGUAUAAGCAAACUGAUUCGACAAAAUUUGGGUUUUGUUUUUACCUAUAAAUUCAAUGCAAAAUCUUAUUUUGAAAUAUUUAUCUCGUUAAAGGAUAUAAUUCAAUAAUAUAAAUGCAUGAUUACAUGCAUUUUUCGUGUUAAUGAUUUUUUUUUUUUCUUAAUAUUCUUGUCUAUAUGACAUAUUUUUGAAGACAUUUUUAAUCAGUACCUAUUUAUAUAGUUAUUAUUUUCUUUUACUGAGCAUUGCAAUAAGUCACGUAACAAUAAAUUACACAUAUUUGCCUAUAAUAUUUACGAGUCAAUAGAAUGAAUUUAAAAUAAUUUAGUUACCCAUUUUUAGUUUUUGAAAAAUUAGUGUGUUUAUUUCAAAUUUUUUAGAAUUUUAAAAGCAUGUUUUUAAUGUACAUUUCAUCUAUUUUUAACGUAUUAAAUGAUUUUUUUAGUGAAUUCAAUUCACAGCCCUUGUAAAUAAGUUAUCGGUACAAUUUUAAAAUCUAUUAUAGUACGUAAGUACUGUAAACCAUUCUUAUAAUGGACUUCCUAUUAGGGAAAAAUCUCCUUUAAACAGAAAACAUCAACGGUUUUGCAUUAUCUAUAUCCUGUACAUUUUAAUUUUCAUAUAACGAAAAAAAUCAACCGGUACCGAGCGAUUCCGUUAUGAAGAGGUUUUACUGUACAUAUAGGUAUUUUUCUUAAAAUUUAAAUGUAAUAAUUUUUUUUAAAUAUUAUAUAUAUUAUAAUUUUAUUAUAAAUGUUCAUGAAAUAAAUAGGUAUGUGUUCAAAAAUAUUACAAAUGUUUGAGUUUUAUAUAUAUAAUAUAAAACAUUUACUAAAAAUGUUUCAAAUUUUAAUCUCAUACAAAUAUAUAUAUAUAUAUACACGUUUUGUUGAUUACCUAUAGGAUUUCAUCAACCGGAUGAAGAUGACUAUGGUUAUGUUUCUAAAGAUGCCAUGGAAAUUUAUAACAAGAUAAUGAACAAAUAUGUAAAUACACCAGCAGAGUCUAGAAACGCAACAAUUAAUCAUCAUAGAAGCAGCGAUAUUUCUGGUGCAAAAGUAUGUAAAUAUAAUAUAAAAUUGGUGGGAAGUUUGGAAUUUAGGAUCUAUAAAGUAAUUUAAUUUAUAUACCGUAUGCAAUGAUGAAUUUAGAUAAAUCAUUGUAAAUAAAAAAACAAUUUUGAUCAGACAUGGAUUAUUAUUUUUUUAUAAAUUAAAACUGAAAAUGAAAUUGCUAUUGUGUUAAUAAUCCUAUUUAUCUUAACUUUUUUCCAGUUUUCCCCCAUUAUUAUGAAAAGUUUAAAGAUUUUUGAAAAAUAACUUCUUGUUUCGCUUAGAAUCUAAAAUAGUCAAACUUUGUGAAAAAUGAGUAAAAUUGUAGUUGUAUUGGAAUAUUAAAUAUUUAAUGAUAUCUUUAUUUUAGGACCGAGUAAGGGCAGCAUUAUUGAAAGAAGAGGAAGAUCAAUUAUUGCCACAUAAACGUAAAAGGAAAGCCAAGGAUCUAAACAAUGGCGAUGGACAUCAUAGUGAUACUGAGCCGCAACAACAAAAAUCUAAAACUGACCACCAUUCAGAGAAACCAAAAAAAAGACCAGCGCAACCACCACCAUUAAAUUUUCAGGAAUUACUUAAAAUUGCUGAAAAGAAACAAUAUGAACCAAUUGUCAUUGAAAAACCUAAGAAAAAAGAUGAUAAUGUACCCAUGAUGACAAAGAAAGAAAGAGAAAAAUAUUUAGAAGAGAAAAAAAUUGAAGCAAUGAGAAAUGCUCGUCGACAAGGCAAAUGCAUACCUACGACUGAAAAACAAGGGGAAGUGAGACCUGUAGUUGAAAAGGCUCAAAAACCAAUUCCUAAAAUUGCUUCUUCUUCAAGGCCUGAUAUACACGCUGAGGAAAAACUGAAAAAGAAUUCAUCAGUGUGGUCUAAAGAUUUAAAAAUACAUAAAGAACUCAAUAAUAAUAAUAGUAAAAGUGAUAAAUAUAUACCUAGGCCAUUGAAUGGUUCUGAGAGUAUAGGUAACAAAACAAAUUCUAUAAAUAGAGCUUCAUUAUCUAAAGGUAGUUUUUCAGAAAAACAUUAUUCGCAGAAUGAUAAAAAAUAUAGUUCUAACGAAGAUCCAUAUUUACCAAAACCGAAAUCGAAUUCUGAUAAAUAUAUACCUAAAGCCAAAAAUCCCGCUCAAGAUAAUUAUUUGCCAAAACCUAGAAAUAUCCCCAAUAACACUGACGAAUAUGUGCCUAAAUCGAGUAGCUCAUCAAUUGAGAAGUACUCUCCAAAAUCUAGAAGUACCUCUAAUAACAAUGACGGAUAUGUGUCUAACUCAAAUAGCUCAUCAAUUGAGAAGUAUACACUGAAACCCAAGAAUUCAAUGCCACAGGAUAAAUAUUUGUCAAAAUCUUCAAGUUCCACUGAAAAAUAUGUACCUAAACCUAAAAUAUCAAACGAUGAAAAAUAUUCAUCAAGAGCUAAAUUAUCAAAUGGUGAAAAAUGUUCACCUAAACAUAAAAGUGCAGUUCAUCCGGAUAGAUAUGUGCCUAAGGCAAAGAGUACAACUUAUGCAGAAUAUACACCCAGUGCGGUUAAACGUUCACAUGAAAAAUAUAGCCCUAAACCAAUGACAUCUAAUUCGAAACCUAUUAGUUCCAAGAACAAAUACAUUCCAUCACCUGUUGAUAAAUCUAGAAAAUUGCCAUCUAGCAAUAACAAUAUGAAGCCCAAACAAUUCCCACCUAAAGAUUUGACGCCGAAACAGUUCCCUCCUAGAGAUAUGGUGCGCAAGCAAUUUCCUCCAAAAGACAUGGUGCCCAAGCAAUUUCCUCCUCGAGAUUUGGCACCUAGACAAUUUCCACCUUCCGAUAUGCGAAGGCGUGAUGAUCGAAAUAUGCCUAUGCGUAAUAAACGUCGAGUUAUUGAAUCUGAUUCCGACGAGUACGAUUCUGAUUUAGCAGAUUUUAUCGAUGACGGACCUGAAGAUGAGGAAGAUUAUUCUAAAGUUAUUUCAGAAAUUUUCAAAUAUGACAAAUCAAAGUAAAUUAUAUAUUUUAUUAUUAUUUGAUAUUUUAAGAAUGUUGAUAAUGUUAUAUUUUUUUAUUUUCAGAUAUAGAGAAAUAGAUGAUGACGAUGAAUGUAUGGAAUCUGAUUUCCGUACUCUUCAAAAAGAAGAAUAUCGAAGUAGUAGAGCCGGUAAGAUAUAUUAGUGGUUUUUUUUAAAAUAUUUUUAUGCACCUACCACAUCAAUGAAAUUAUCUAUUAUUUUUUUUGGACGAUUUAACAAAAAUGAUAUAAAAAAAAAUGAAUUUAACUUGCACAUUUAACUAAUAAUAUUAUCUUAUCAGUGAAUGUUAUUUGUUUUUUAAUAGGUCUCUUGGAAGAUUUAGCUGAUAUACGAAGAGAAAAAGCGAUGAUGAAAAAACGAAGAAAAGUUUAAAAACUGUGGACAAUACAUUGUAUAACGCUGAUUUCAAAAUUGUGUUACCUUAUAUUAGUACUAAUUAAUGAUUUUUAUUUUUAAGUUUUAUUUAUGUUUCCCAUAAUUUUGUUAUUUGUUACAAUAUAAUUGCACAGUUAUGAAAACUUUUUCGUUCACCUUAUUGUUUAAAAUAAUUUCAAACAUUUUGGUUUAUGUUAUUGUUUUUAAUUUCAUUUCAAUUAUCGCAUUUUGUUUUAUUUAAGUAUUUCCCAUUAAUGGUGUAUAUGAAUACUCUGUUAUUGUUAAUUUAUUUUUCUUUUACUUUCCUUUUGGUCACAACAUUAUUUAUGUACUUAUAUACUGUUCAAUUUGUUGGAUGGAUAUUAUUUUUGUAUAAAUAUAAUUUUUUUUUUUUUUCCAAUAUCUUAAAUUAUUGGUAACUAUUAACUGUGAUUAUUAAAAAUAAAUACAAUUUUUUUAUUUUACACAAAUACAAUGUUUAAAUUGAUAUGCUUCUUAUAUUUGAAUGACGCAUUGUUUUCUUAAUAUACAGUUGUAACUACUGUUUAAAAUUUAAAUUAAAUGAUUUUGUUUUGUAAAUUACAUUUUAUUAAUUAUUUAAAUUAAUUUAUCCAUUGCGAUCGCCUAUUUCGACUAGACAUUUAACUGUCCUUAUUUAAUAAGUAAUUACCUAAGUCUUAUUUUAUAAAAUUAGUCUAAUGUUUCACUAAUAAUCUAAACUAUCAAAGCUUAUAAGUUGAUCGAGAAUCAUUUGCCUAUUGCAGUAUCAUUAUAAGUAUAUGAAGUGGACACUACACUUGCAUCAAUCGUCUCAGUACUGCUACAUGGGCUAGGUUCACAUUGGAAAGCAACUGACGAUACUAAAGCUAUGGGACGAGUGAUUUUGAAAUAAAAUCCCGAUUGCGUCGCUUAAGUACACUACCCGCUUGUCAAUGCGAUCUUGGCCUUGAAUCAUAAAUUUUAAUGAUUAGGUUGAAAUUAGAUUUUACAGAUAACAAUAAUUUCAAGGACUGGCUUUUUCUAAAAGAAAAUUGCCGUGUACAAAAGUUAUAGCUUUUUUAAAAAAGUAAAAAUUUAUAUACAUGUAACACUUUUGUGGCGCAACUUUUUAGAAAAAUAUUCUUCGCUUAAAAUUUUGUUUAAACUCCAAAUUUAACAUAAAAACUACAAUUUAUGUUCUAAGUAAUAUAAUAUGUCAAUGUUAUAUAUUAGUCGGACCGAGACAGUUGAUACAAGUAUGAUGUUCUCUAUACUUUAGUUAAAAUAGAAUAGACACGAGUAAAUUGUUUUUGUACUUGUUUUUAAUAAUCAACCCAAAUGAAUUACGAUGUAUUACAUUUUUAUUAUUUUUUUGAAAUGAAAAUGAUCAAAUUAAUUUUUUUAUCUUUUACCUGUAUUUAAAUGUUAUCAUGUUUGAUAGUAAGAAAACGAGAAAACUUUUAAGUAACUAAUAGUUAACAGGGCUGUUUAAAUACAUAAGUUUUACAAUUGUUUUUCAAUAAAAAAAAAUAUACAUAUAUAUAUAUUUUUAUAUAACAUAUUUUUUUCAUUAGCGACUGAAUGUACUUUUUACUUUUUGAUGAACUUUUAUACAGACC